AUGGGUGAAUCUUUACAAAAGAAUUUACAUUUGUGUCUCUCUAAUGAUACUAGUAGGACGGAAACUCAAGUUAUCACCAGAAACAGCCUAAAACUCUCCAAAAGGUUACAAAUCAAAAACCCUAAUUCCCCUAAUGCUGUUAUUCAACUUCUCAAAACCUAUGGCUUCUCUGAUUCACAGUUAUGUAGUUAUGUCAAAAAACACCCUUUUGUUCUUUUAUCAGAUCCUGAAAAGACCCUUUUGCCCAAACUCAAGUUUUUUCAUUCCAUUGGGGUUUCAACCACUGAUCUCCCCAAAAUCCUCAUUGGGAACACUUCCUUUUUAACUAAAAGCUUGGAGAAAACCAUUAUCCCUCGUUAUGAGAUUAUUCGGAGCCUAGUUCGGAAUGAUGAAGAGGUAGUUUCAACCAUGAAGCAUGGUUCAUGGAACGUUCAUUCUGUUUGGGUUGUAAAUGAUGCAGUUCAAAACAUUGAGGUUUUGAGGCAACUUGGUGUGCCUCAAGGUUGCAUUUCCCUUUUGGUAUCAAAUUUUCCGAGUGUAGCAUUCGCCAAGCAUAGUAAAUUUGUUGAGGCUGUUAAUAUAGUGAAAGAAAUCGGGUUUGAUCCUUCGAAGUCGAAUUUUGUUUUGGCAGUUCAAGUAAUUGCAAAGAUGGACAAAGAAAUUUGGGAGUCGAGACUUAAGAUUUUCGAGAGGUGGGGUUGGUCGAGAGACUUAUGUCGUUUGGCUUUCCGAAAAUAUCCUCAGUGUAUGAUGAUUUCAGAAAAAAAGAUUAUGAAAACAAUGAGCUUCUUGGUGAAGGAUAUGGGUUUUACCCAAGAAGACAUUGCUAAAAGCCCCAUGAUUCUGAACCGCAACUUCGAGAAAACAUUAGUCCCUAGAUAUGCAGUUGUUAAGAUUUUGAAGUCAAAGGGUUUGAUAAAGAGAGAUUAUAGCAUAACUAGCAUUAUUUCAAUUAGCGAGAAAAAGUUUUUGGGGAGAUUCGUCACCCGAUUUCAAAAAGAUGCAGCUCUGUUAAUGGAUGCAUAUAAUGGUCACAACGAGAUAUAUGCUUCUGCUACAGGAUGUAUACAAAAGUUUUAUCAAUCAUCAGAAUCUAAUGGUUUUUGCAGACUAUUGUCCUAG